AUAUUGGUGUGUUUUUAGAAGUGUGUGGAGGGCGGGAGAGAGAGGGAGGCGGGAGAGAGAGGGAGAGAGGCAGGAGUUUCACCAGCGGCGGCGACAUGGCAGCGUUCUCUGAAGACCAGAUUAUAGAAUUUCAGGAAGCUUUCUGCAUCUUUGACCAAAAGGGCGAUGGAAAAAUCCAGGUAUCACAGAUAGGAGAGGUGUUGAGAGCCCUUGGCCAGAACCCAACAGAAUCGGAUGUUAAAAAACUUUCCCAUCAGCACAGACCAGAAGAGAGAAUCAGCUUUGAGGUUUUCCUGCCUAUUAUGCAGACCAUCUCACGCCAGAGACCAGUUGAUACAGCUGAUGAUUUCAUCGAGGGUCUUCGUCAUUUUGAUAAGGAUGGAAAUGGCUACAUCUCUUCAGCAGAACUUCGCCAUCUGAUGACUCACUUGGGUGAAAAGCUAACUGAUGAAGAAGUUGAGCAGUUGCUAGCUGGCCAAGAAGACUCGCAAGGCAAUGUUAACUAUGAAGAAUUUGUUCGUCUUGUGCUUAAUGCCUAACAUUUUAAGGCUUGGAAUGAAGUAUAGCAAUGCAAUCAAUAUUUAUUUUUCUUGAUAAUAAAUUAUGCUUCCAGUAUACAUUCCUACUAAUAUAAAAGUUAAUCUAGUUAUAUAGGUAAAACGAUUAUGGUAAAUUCAUUUAAAUAUUUCAUAAAUGCUUUCAUUAAAAAAUUUUAAAUGCAAUUAAUUUUUCAUUGUCAAACUAGCAAUAAUUGCAACAACUAGUCCAUACUGCUUUUUUUUUUAUUCAUCUGCUUUAAUCGGAAAGGGUAUUGUAACAUACAUUUUUCAUUGAUUAUGUAUGAAAGGUUUGUGUACCACUGGUAUCUCUUUGGAAUGAAACGGUCUUUUUUGAAAAUAAUACAAAUUAAAUUUAUAAUGUGAACAGGCCGUCAAAGAGAAAAAUUUGUGUGCCUAAGAAAACUGUUAAAUUUAUUAAAUUUUAUAUAAUUAAAA